AUGUUGAGCUCCGCGAGCGACUUCAGCAGCUUGAGCUUCAAGAUUUGCUGCGCUUUGAAUCUCAAAGGCAUCUUGCUCUUGGCCACCUCGCUCUGGCUGCUUUGGAACGAGCUCGCGUCCAAUUGCUUUCCGGAGGUGCCGUCCAAUGACUGUAAGGCCACUGUCCUGCCACCACUGUUCUUGAUGGCGAUCUUCUCGCUCUACGUGGGCGCCUUCCUCAUGGGUCUCUUCCGCGAGGCCUUCACCACCCUGCCGAGGAAGUUUAACGCGCGCUACAUCUCUGGAAGGAUCUCGUGGUUGGCUGGCAUGUUGAUGUUUCUCUACAACCUGCCCUUCAUGCUCUUCGUCUUCAAGCUGGGCUUGAAGCGUUUAUACACCGACCCAGAGACCUUGGAUCAAGACUCCGAGGAGGUCAUGGAGGUCUUCGGGAUGCUCUUGGUCGAGGUGAUGCUGGGGAUGCGUGCCUUCGCGGUGUGCCUUGUAGUGGCCAUUCUGUUGAGCUUCGCACGUUGGAGCGCCAUCCACGAAGCCUCGCUGGGACUCGUGACGUCCUGCGCUGCGACGUCCGCUUCUGCCGCGACGUCCAGCGCGUUUGUGGCGCGGAAGGCGGAGGAGUUCUACCGUCCCAGGAUCCAAGCGUGUGCCUUGGGUGGUGGCUUAGCGGGUGUGGCAGCUGCGCUGCUGUUUGCGUGGGUGUGCACAGUGCAGUUUGAAACGGUCCCAGCUGCGAUGCCGAAGGAGUGCUCCCCGGCGCCCAGGACGCCUGAGAACGGAAUUCGUUUCUCCACCACCGCGGUGCGAAUCCUUCGUGCCGCGGCGAAUCCAGAGGCGCGGGGAAGCUCCUCCGAGCCGGAACGGAAGCAAAAAGAGCCGGAAUGGGGCGGGCGACGGACGAACUUGGGCGACGCCAGGGUGAUUUUAGAACCAAAGGUGCGCCAGGAGCAAAAGAAGGCGUAUUUGAUGGUGAUUUGUGUUGCAUCUCAGCUUGGUCCUCGACUCGAGCUUCUAGGCAAGCGUGCCGCACCAAAGCAGGAUCCGGGCAGUGCCAAGAAGGCGAAGAAGGAAGAAGAGCCGCAGCCGGAGGCUUCGCCCAAAGCCAAGGGAAAGGCCAAAGCAAAGGCCAAGGCUAAGGCGGAGCCCAAGCCGAAGGCCGAACCCGCCGAGCCGAAGGCCGAGCCCAAGGCGGCUGCGGAGCCGCCCCGAGAAGCGGAAGCGCCGGCGCCUUCGGCGGCCGCGGAGGCGGAGGCGGAGCAGAAGGCGGCCGAGGCGGCCUUCGACCUGGGCUUCGAGGGAGACGACUUCGAUGACCUCUUCCUGGAAGAGGGCGAAGAGGAGGAUUGGCUCGACGACGAUGAUCUCUUAGAUCUCGAGUCCGGCGAAGAGGACCUCUUCCUCGAGGAGGAUGAGGAAGAGGAGGAUUUAGACCCCGAUGGGGUGGUGGGACCACCGGGGGAGUGA